AUGAGCGACAAGAAGGUCUGCAGAGAGACAAAGAGCUUGUCAGGGCUCAACGCAACAGACUUCUUCAAGCACUCUCACCUCGCGCUGCUCUUUGCUUGCAUGAAGGGGCUGCAUGGCGAAGUAGAGAGUAUUCUCAACAUGUUCAAUAGCACAGACUUGGAUGUGGAAUGUCUGGUCAAUCAGAGUCAAACCGACGGAUGGACAGCUUUACAUUACGCUGCUAGCACAGGUCAAACUCAGAUUGUCAAGACGCUGCUGUCGCAUCGAGCUCUUGUCAACGUCGCCACGCGCUUAUCUCGCUCGACGGCUCUUCACCUCGCCGCUAAGAGGGGGCACGUCGACAUCGUCCAGCUCCUGCUGCACAAAUUCGCCAAGAAUCGAAAAGACUCGCGAGGAUGGACAGCACUGAAGUUUGCAGAGAAAACCUUCUGGAGGAACGUGGUGGCCGCAGACCUUCAGAUGGGCGAGGAGAUCCUUCAUUGCGAGCUCGUCAGCGAGAGGAAAAGCUUUCGACUCUCCAAGGCUUUGCAGGGAUGCGACGCCUGCUCUUGCUCUUCUCCUCCCACGUUGGCUGACGUCGCCAGGAACGGAGCUCACUGGAGCCUUUCGAGCUUGCAAGACUUGACCCUCUCCUCUGCUCCCACUCUCGCCGCCCAUAAACAUUCUUCUCCAGCAGAGGAGCCAGCUGUUGGAUUAGCCAGGCUCAAAAUAUUCAAAGAGAGUUUGCCGAGGCUGAUUGUUUAG